AUGACGGGCCAAGGGAUGCGAGGCAGACACGCUGAGGUGAACCAGCCGGCCGCUGUGACAGACCCGUUGCGAAUUUUUCUUGGUUUUACUUCAUUCGCAGACCAGCUACAAAAGAGGCAAUUUUCAGCAUCGUGUCAGCUCGGGCAGGGAUAUACAGGUCCAUAUUUUGAUAACUUGUCUACAGGUAAGAACGACUGGGCUACUACGAGUACAGUUGAAGCGCCAACACCGAGAAACACAGCUGCAUUCAGCAGGGCCCCACCGACUGCAUUGCCGGCUAGGUUGACUAUGGUCCCGGGUGCUAUGAAGAUGGAGCCGGGUGAUUCGAGGUGCAACAACAACCACAGCAGCGAUAUGAUGAGCCACUCCGAGAACCAGUAUUCAGUUGUAGGUAUGACCAAACACUCGACGAUAUCAGAGCACCACGAGUGCUUGAUGAACGGGAAUGACCUGCUCAAGCAGCGGUUCAUGCACGGGAGGAAACGUCGCCAUAGCCGGGGCGGCUCAAACGACGAUGAGCAAUCCGACGCCAGCGAGGAAGGGUCGUUAAACGGGCAUUGCUCCGGUCCAAAGAACCGCCGAAAGGGGGCCUCACCACCACAGAGCUUCGAUGACUUACAGAACCAACGCGUCAUGGCGAACGUACGAGAGCGUCAAAGAACGCAAUCCCUCAACGAUGCCUUCACGAAUCUACGCAAGAUCAUCCCAACCCUGCCUUCGGAUAAACUGAGCAAGAUACAAACUCUGAAGCUGGCAUCCAGAUAUAUUGACUUCUUGUACCAGGUCUUAAGAAGUGAUGAGACCGACCAGAAGAUGAUCGGGAGUUGUUCUUAUAUGGCACAUGAGAGACUCAGCUAUGCUUUCUCAGUGUGGAGGAUGGAAGGUGCGUGGAACAGUAUGGCUCAGCACUAACAGAUAAUCAUCAAGUACAACUUUCUAUGGAUACCAUAUAUGAUCGUAAACUAAGAUGUACAUGUACAGUGGUCAACUGAAGUCAAUAGCUGCUUUGAUAAAACAUGGAGUUUGGACAACUCGACAUCAGAGAGUUGGACAACUCGACAUCAGAGAGUUGGACAACUCGACAUCAGAGAGUUGGACAACUCGACAUCAGAGAGUUGGACGACUCGACAUAACAGAGAGGACUGGCUACUUGGCUUGUAGCUUAAAUGAGAGAAGUAAUGCUGCUGAAAAAACUCUAGUAAUUCGGUUGAGGAUAUCAAUAAACUUUAUGACGGUAGAGAGGGAUACGCGAUGAGAACACGCAAUGGACAUCAAUCUCUGUAUUUCGAACGAUGAACACUAUUUUUUUUCAUUUGCGGUUUUUCUUUGGACGCAACUUCAAACUAAAAGGAAGAUGGUUGCGUGUCCCACCACCAUUUGAACUUGUGUUCAAGCAACCGAACUCUUAAAUCUUCGCCCAAGUUGGAAUGAUAUGCUUCAUCUUCGUAUGGAUCAACUGGAUUACAGUGAACUAACCUCAAUUGGGUUUGUUUUGGACACCUUCCCAAGUUGGAAUGGCAUAAACUCUGGGUCGUGUCAUUUGCCUUGUCAAUUGAAUUCCUAAAUUGUCUAUGCAAAUCUAUGAAGUCUUAAUUUGUGUUCUAUUCUGUAUAUUGAUGGUUUAGCAAUAAUUUAUCGCAAAGUUAUCGUUAUUUGAAGGAUGGUUGUGAGAAUGGUUUGCAAUGUAAUGAAUGAUUUUCCUCGGUUUUCUCAAUGCAAUAUCGUUACGGCAUAAAACAAUGGGACCUUACAUUAGCCCGUGUAUAAACCAAGGAGUGACGAUGUUACUUUAAACUAAAGGAAAAGUUGUGUUAUAUUUAGACAAUUUGAUUUUGAACUGUUAAAUAUCUGCAUAUCAGGUAAUACGGCAAACAAAAUACACUAAUUGUACUCUGCCCCUGCCUUUUGAAGACUUUGGAACGCUAGGUGGCAGCAGACUUACCAGGUAAAUUUCCAUUGUUUACGUAGUUCUGAGCAC